GCCCACUAGGCUGUACAAAACUGGAAAGUGGUCAGACAGCAUUAGGUACAAAUUUUCGGCUAAUCAAGGUUGUUAAAGCGUAGUGUAAAAAAUUCCGAAUUCAGUCGGGCCUUAUAUACCAUACCACCUCUUCAUUUCGCCCACAAUGCCUCCACCGCCGGUAUAUCCCGACCUGGGCAAGCUGGCCCGCGAUCUCUUCAAGCGCGGCUACCAUCCGGGCAUCUGGCAGAUCGACUGCAAGACGCUGACCAAUUCGGGCAUCGAGUUCUUCACCACAGGAUUCGCCAGCCAAGACAACAGCAAGGUGUCCGGCUCCCUGCAGAGCAAGUACAAAAUCGAGGACCAGGGCCUAACCCUCACGGAGCGAUGGAACACGGACAACUGGCUCUUCGGCGAGAUAAUGCAGCGGGACAAGCUGGCCGAGGGUCUGAUGCUAGCCCUCGAGGCCAAGCUUCAGCCGGGAACAAACGAGGCGGAUGGCAAGUUCAAGUUGGGCUUUGCUCAGGAGAAUUUCAAUUUCCUGGCCGACAUUGGACUAAACUCGGAGCCGUUACUUAACUGUUCUCUGGUUUUGGGUCACAAGGAGUUCCUGGGCGGCGUGGGCGCAGAGUUCGACAUCGGGAACACCGAAUUCAAAGGCUGGAAGGUUGCCCUUGGCUGGACGAACGAAACGGCCACCGUCCAUGGCGAGCUGAAAAAUGGUGACACCUGGCUGGCCUCACUAUUUUACAAGGCGAGCGAGAAGAUCGAUGUUGGUGCCGAGGUCACCAAAGGCGCCGGCGGUCAAGCUGGUGCCGAAAAUCCAGAGGCCGAGGAGGGUGGCGGCGGAGAUGUUAUCGUCAGCCUGGGCAUGAUUUACCACCUCGAGGAAGACGCCCUCAUCCGCGCCAAGAUCAACAACGUAGUGGAGCUGGGUCUGGGAUAUGAGCAGAAGCUGCGUGAGGGCAUCACUGCCUCCAUAUCCGCGGUGCUGGACUGCAACAACAUCAAGGACGGUAACCACCGGUUCGGUGUGGGCGUGGCCCUGCAGUGCUGAGAGCUAAGACGCCAGUCAAUCAACGAUUUUCCUUUCCAAAUUGGCUUAUCUUUAUUUAAAUGACAAAUAUAUUUAGUUUUUCAUCAUAGCA